AUGACAUCGCCAGUGUGCCAAUGUCUCACCAUCUUGAUGAUCAUGUAUGGCCUUAAGCUUGCAUACAAGGCAAGCAAAGCACGGAUACUCGCCACUGAGCUAUAUAAAGGCGUCAGUGCGCCGUUUAUGGGGAACACCGAUAUCGCCCUUCGGGACAUACCGUUGUCGCGAAUACGAAGCCAGUAUGAAGUGGUCUCCCGCGGAGAACCCUGCCACCAGCAUCACUAUGAUAAUCUUGCGAUCUUCCCGCCCAUGAUUGUCGUUGCGGUGCAGCUGGUGGCUGCAGGCAAGCGAAGUGAUACAUUGAGGAGGGCCCGGGGGUUUAUCUUUUACGGCGGCCCCAGGCAGCCAGGCCGGGCGUCACAUGAGACUGGUGACGUCACGGGACGACAGCUUUCCCCAGAUUUGCCCCGAAUUGGUCCAAGCGGAGACGAAAUCUGGUACGUGUCUCGAGGGUGA